AUGAACGAGACUUUGAGUGAUCCAAAAUGGAUUGGUCCUAUGAAGGAGGAACUGAAAUCGAUUGAGAAGAACAAGACUUGGGAGUUGGUUGAUCUAUCAGAAGGAAAGAAUCCAAUUGGUGUAAAGCGGGUGUAUAAAAUGAGAGAAAAUCGCAAUGGUGAAAUAAUCAAGCAUAAGGCUCGAUUAGUUGCAAAGGAAUUUUUGCAAAGAGAAGGCAUGGACUUGGAAGAGGUAUUUACACCGGUGCCUAGAAUUGAAACCAUUAGACUAGUUGUUGGUAUUGGAAAUAACAACAAUUGGUUCAUCUAUCAAAUGGAAGUCAAAUCUGCAUUUUUGAACAUACUGCUUGAAUGA